AUGAGAAUACCUACUGGACAGAGACUAUAUGAAUGUUGUGAAUGUGGGAAAUCCUUCACUGACAACUCAGUCCUCAGAAUCCAUACCAGAGAGAAACCUUACACAUGUAAUGAAUGUUGCAAGGCAUUUAAGCUGAAGCCCCCUGGUUAUGAACAUCAGAAAACUCAUUCCCAGACAAUAGAGAAACCCUACAGAUGUAAUGAAUGUGGGAAAACCUUCAAGCAGAGGUACGCACUUAGUGAACAUCUGAGAAUUCAUACUGGAGAGAAGCCUUAUAAUUGUACUGACUGUGGAAAACGUUCACCCCACAGGACGUCAUUAUUUGUGCAUCAAAGAAUUCAUGCUGGACAAAAACCAUAUAAAUGUACUGUCUGUGGGAAAGUCUUUGCCCACCGGGCAACACUUACUGACCAUCAGAGAAUCCAUACUGGAGAGAAGCCUUUUAAAUGUACUGAAUGCGGGAAAACUUUUACCCACAGGUCAUCAUUUCGUGUCCAUCAGAAAAGGCAUGCUGGAGAAAAACCAUACAAAUGUACUGAAUGUGGGAAAGCUUUUCUCCAAAAGGCACAGUUUAUUGAACAUCAAAUUGUUCAUACUGCAGAGAAACCUUUCAGAUGUAAUGAAUGUGGGAAAAGUUUUAGCCGGAAAAGCUAUCUUACUGGCCAUCAGAGAAUUCAUAGUGGGAGAGAAAGAUUUUUACAUGUCUGA